AUGCUCCGAUUUCGCACCGAGCACACGGUCAAGUUGAGCAAGAGAGAUGACUCGUCAAUGUCUGGCGUAAAAGCUCCCGAAAAAGACCUCGUCAUUCUCCAUCAAUUUCCCCGUAGCCCUUUUGUGCCGAAUUUGAGUCCAUUUUGCUUGAAAGUCGAGACAUUUCUCCGCAUCUAUAACAUCAAAUAUCAAUUAAAAGAAUCUUGGACAAGUCAGGUUGAUGGUGGCCAAUUACCGUUUAUUGAGUUAAACGGUGAGAAAAUCGGCGAAUCGCAAGCGGUGAUCUUCAAGUUGAUUAAACACUUUAAAAUUAAGGAGAACCUUCGUCCUCACGAAGCGGCCACAUCGAGAGCCAUCGAUCGAAUGCUUGAUGGGAGCACUUUUUACACAUUAAUGAACGACAAAGUGCUGAACAAUCAAGCGUUUAUGAGUCGAGAGGUCACCGGGCUACGAGUGCCCGCUAUUUUGGGGAAAUUUGUCGCCUCACGCUUUGCAAACAAGGUGAAAGCCCGUAUCAUGGCCGGUGUCGGGAAUCUCUCCAAUGAGGAUCUCAUGGAGGUGAUGCGCCGCGACGUGAAAGCGCUCGCCGAUCUGCUCGGCGAUCGGCAAUUUCUGUUCGGUAGUCGAAUGACCUUGGCCGACUGCUCAAUCUUUGGCCAUCUCGCCUCCACAUAUUACCUCCCAUUUCCGCAACUCAUUCAAGAGCUUCUCGACAAAGAACACAUAAAUUUGAGAGACUACGUUGAGCGAAUUCGUGAGACAAUUUAUUCCGAUAUUGCUCGCCCAGAGAGGAUUGAUAUUGUUAAAGCUGGCGUUGAAGCAGCUCGACGAGAAUCCGCCGAAAAUCGCAAAGAGAAAAUGACUUUU